AUGAUGUCGAUGCUGGACUUCCGGUAUUGGAGAUGUGUUAUGAAGAGAGAGUGGAAAUGUCCAGACAGUGAGAUCAACUUCUUCUUACACACCCCGGAGCGUCCUCACCAGCAGUGGAUAGACGUGAGGAGAACGCACCUUCUACCAAAAUUCGGCUGGAAGUUGACAAGGAAAAACGUGUUUAUCAUUCAUGGAUUUAACGGGACACAUUCCAAAACUCCCAUGACUUUCUUACGUGAUGCGUACUUGUGGCGGAAAGAUUAUAAUGUAUUCAUGGUGGAUUGGUCAGAACUAUCAAGGUUUCCCUGUUAUUUGUCUGCCUUGGCUAACAUGAGGUUAGCAGCCCAAUGUACAGCGCAACUUUACUCCUAUUUGACACAAAAUGGCGUCCUAGCAAAAAUGAUUACAUGCGUAGGACAUUCCCUUGGUGCGCACAUCUGCGGCAUGAUGUCUGGACAUCUUACCAAGAAGCAGCAUAAGAUAAUUGAUAAACGUACGUUGCCAUUAAAGCUAAAGGCCGCCUCCGUCGCGAGGUGUAGGAUUAGAAUUCCUGGAUUCCUCAUAUAA